CGACACCCGGACCCGGAAGAUAUCGAAUUGCUUCCGGAUCAAGUCAACAACCGGGCUCAAACAACACGUGAAUAUUACAGAAAGCUUCAAAACGGAUUCAGAUGAGGACGUGGUCUUCGUUUGCGAAAAGCCUGGUGUUAAAGUCCGAGUACCUCCAGUUGACUGGGAAAAAUUGCAGAUUCUACAGAGAGAGAUUGAUCAUGGGUCCUUGCCAUACCUGACACCAACAUUUUGCAUUGAAAGUCUGAGGGUUAUUCCUGUAAAGGGAUCAGAAGAAAACAUGAAAAUGAACAGCAAGGAAGGUGCUCCAAAAAAAGACAUGAUAAAGAAGGUUAAAAAGCAAAAGAAAAAUGACAUCCCUGAGGUGAAAAUGGAGAAUAUAGUCAAGACUGAGGAAAUGCUUGUUGAAGCGUCUGACAACAAUGAGAUAAAAAAGAAUAAGAAGAAAAGAAAGUUGACUACAGAGCCUACUAAUGUAAUAGAUGAUGCACAUGUUGGAGAAGUCAUCAAAAAGAAGAAGACUGAACACACAGAUUCUGCAGAUAAUUUACAGGAAGGGCCAGUGAAAGAGAGAAAGAAAAAAAUCAAAAACAAAUCUAUGCAAACUGAAUCUAAUAUAGAAAUUGUAAAAAUGGAGGAUGUUGAAGACAACUGUGCUCUGCAAGAUGUGAAAAAGACAUCAAAGGAACAUAAUAAAGUUAAACACAAAAUUGUUACAAACACAAAGAAAACUGAGAAGAAAGAUAAAAAGAAGAAAACAAAACAGCUCACAGAAGAGGAUAUUUCUAAUAUUAAAACCAUUAAAGCAAAAAAGUCAAAGAAAGAUAAACCAAAAGUGGAAGAAAAUGACAUAAAAACUCCUGAGAGCGGUCAUAUUGAAAAUGGAAAGACGAAAAAGAAAAAAGUGUCUAUAAGUGUUGCAAAAGAACUGGAAGGCACAGAGUCAAGUCAAGUAAAGAAAAAAAAACACAAAAAAACAAAGUCUGAAAAUGAAAUGGAUACAGUUGUGGAUACAAAAAAAUAUAAGAUGCCACAAGAUAAUUUCAAUCUAACAGAAAGUCCUAAACCAAAAAAAAAGAAGAAGAAGAAGCCAGAAGAAAGUGACAAAGAACCUUUAUUGGGUAAAGUUGAAGCUACAAGCAAAAGUAAACUGAAGAAACGCUCUAAAAAGGUUGAGAGCAAAGAUGACAUUGAGGCUGAUGCUGGUACAAAAAAGAAAAAAAAAAUUAAACAAGAACAAGAGGAGUACCCACAAGCGGAGGUGGUUUUCCUUUCAGAAAAGGCUGGCAAUACUGACGAAGUAAAUGUCAACAAGGAGAGAAGAAAGGCCUUGCAAAUGGAAAUUGACCAAGCAUCUCAGCCAAAGAAACCAGUUAAACCCUUGGGUUUGGGACAGUGGAGCACAGCGGAGUUUGGGAGCUCAGAACAACAGCAGAAGUUUCUCCGUUUAAUGGGGGGCUUCAAGAAAGGGUUUCAACCAGCUUCUGUCAAUGGUGGAGGUGGAAACAUGGCUCUGGGAAGGGAUGCACAGCAGCAGCUUCAACAAGGACUUCUGGGAGAGUUUGAGCGUGCCCACUCACGGCGCAUGGACUCCAGUAACAAGGGAGCUGGACUUGGUUUCACAGCUCCAUCCACUAAGAAGUUUUCUAUUGAUGCAAAUGCUACUCGCUCCAUACGCUUUGAUGACUGAAAUCAGUAUGAUAAAGAUUAUAUUAAUC